AUGGGGAGCGCAGAAGAACAGGAAUAUUCGGCUCUUAUAAGGAAGAGUACCCUCUCCAACAAGUAUGCAGUUAAAGCCUUGCAGUGUGUGGCUGAAACCAACGAACACAGCGCAAAGGACAUCAUAAGAGCAAUAAACAGUGAAAUAACCACGGGAUCAGAUGAAAAUAAAGAAGCAUUAAAUUCACUUUUACGGCUACUAGCACAGCAUCCAUCGUAUCAUUUUAUCAGAGAAAAAGAGCCGAAAAGGAGACAGAGCACAGAGAGCGAGCCAGAGGAGAGUGUGAAAAAGAGAAAGGUAGAAGAAAAAGAGCCCGAGCAAGCGAAAGCGGAAAUGUUCUUCCCAUAUCCCCCAGAGUAUAUUCUCUUCAAAAUGGUCGAUAAAUCAAACUACAAAAAAUCGUACGAAUACUACACACAGGGCAGCCACAGCAGCAAGCUGGCAGAGAGCGAGGCAGAGCCAGAGCUAACCAGAGCAUACCUUGUGGUUCCUAGGCUAGAGCAAGCUGUCAGAUUGCUGUACACAGCAGAGAUACAGUGUAAAGUGUGCGGGAUGAGAUUUGACUCCAUCUCCCAGUACACAACACAUGCAGACAUGCACCAGAAAAAGUCGCAGCUGGGAAGAUCCGUGGAAGUACCCAUGUGGAGAGCAUGGCUACUGGAGCCAGGGCAGUACUCGAAAAAAGAGCAGAAGAUAUCAGUUACGCUAAAAACAAGCGUGCAAGGGAAAGUGCCUACAGUUCCUGUGAGAGGAGACAGAGACCAAAGAUGCACAAUAUGUGGAGACGGCUUUGAUGUCAUAUGGAGUGACGAAAAUGAGUGUUGGUCGUUUAAUGAUGCCUUAAUUAUAAGAGCAACGCCCAGGCAGAUAUCUCAUAAAAGGUGUGUCUCAUAA